AGAAGGUUAUCCGCAUGUGGGCGAGUCUGUUAAGUGCAAUUUUAAGCGGUUAUCGAAUCCCUAUCAAGCCUCUCCGAUAGUACAUGCAUGAACGGAGUCCAUUUCGAGAUGCAAGCAAAGUUGAUGUCAAAACAUCACGAACAAACUCGAUUCUGAAAUCUCUACAAACUGAAGUUAUUAGACCUCAAAGAGUAGAGGCAUGAAUGAUCUCUGACAUUGAGCUUGGUGGUCUGCUUCGACCAUGGUGAUCCUCAACGGCAAAGGUAAUGGGAAUGUCAAGCCUACUAUUCAAGACAUUCAAGACAUUGCAGAAAUUCGAGAUCUUCUUGAAGAUAUUCACAUCGCAGAUACGAGUCAAAGUUCCAUACCAGAUUCCACGAAAACGCAUUCUUCGAACAAAACAGCCGCCGCCGCCGAAGCCUCAUAUUCAUCCACGAUCCCUUCUCCAAUUCCAAAGCCAGCAGACUGGACCUCAGAUCUACCUAACUCUGAGCAUGUGCGCUUUUUUAAAAAGACAAAUUGGGCUGCAACACACCUCGGACCAUUAGAAUCAUGGGGCCUUGCCCUACGACUUCACACUUUCACAAUUUUUGCGGAUUCAAGGCCUGCUUGUUUAUAUUGGGGACCUGAGAGAGUUGCAAUUUACAAUGAAAACUUCAUCCAAAUGACUGGUAACACACAUCCAGCAUUAAUGGGCAAACCAUUUGAGUUGGCUUUCCCAGAAAUUUGGAAUGACAUAAAGGGGGUUUUCAUUCAUGCAGAGACGAGCAAGCUUGCAGCAGACGUUAAUGAGAUACCAUUGAUGGUGGAGAGAAGCGGGUUCAAAGAGGAGACAUAUUUCACGGGAAGCUUUAAUCCAGUCCGAAGGGAGGAUGGAGCAGUUGCAGGCUUUUACAAUUCUGUAGUUGAAGUUACUGCCCAAAGGAUCAACGCGAGAAGACAGUCAAUGUUGGGAUCAUUGGAGAUCUCAAUUGGAUUGCAACAAGGGACACUUGCUAGCCAUGUUAUGCCUCAUUUAGAGUCGAAUCCACUUGAUAUCCCCAUGGCAAUGUUAUAUCAGGUGGACGAGCAAAGUUCUUCUGGGUCCACGGUUUAUUUGCGGGGUCAACUGGGUUUCCCUGAAAACCACCCACUCGCUGUGCCGGAAGCUAAACUCAGCAGUUGUCUUGCCCUAUUUCCAUUGUUGCAUAAGACAAGCAAUAAGAUUUCGACUCAUUCUGUUGAUGAGAGAUUUGAGGGAGUCGAAUGGCGUGGCCACAAAGAUGAUUUUAACAAAGCUCAUGAACCAUCGACGCAUUUUAGCAUACUUCCAAUCUCAAGUGCUGAUCGUCUCUUUGGCUAUCUUAUACUUGGCGCCAAUUCUCGCCGACCAAUUGACGAUACCUACGAUCAAUUCAUAAAUGCCAUUGCCUCGAGAGUCUCAUCAAUUGCAUCUGCCUUGGCUAGCGCUGAGGAAACAAAGCGGAGGGCUGAUCGACUAGAAAAAGAACUAGCUGAAAGUGAGAGACAAAUCAGAUACAUGGCACAGAACGCUCCGGUUGGUAUGCUGCAAUUAUCGACUGAAGGUAAGAUCCUCUGGGCCAAUCAUAUGUACUACCGAAUUACUGGCCAUCCGGGACCUGAGGAACCGCAGUACAACUAUUCCUUUCUUGACGUCUUAAUUGAAGAAGACAGGUCUCAAACCUUACAAGCUUGGGUAAAACUUCAUGAUGGAUCCUCUCACAUUGAGACUACAUCACGGCUCAAGCGGAUGUUCGUGCCACCCAGUGGGGAAGCCGAGCACGCUUGUGUGCUAUCAUUGGCAUUCCCAUAUAUUGUUAAUGGUGAAGUUAAAUCCAUCAUGGCUUGCUUCACCGACAUCUCUGAGUUAAAAUGGGCCGAAGCAGCGGAAGCUAGAAAUGCCGAGGAAGCACGCGCGGCCAAACGCCAACAAGAGGAGUUCAUUGAUGUUGUUUCUCACGAGAUGAGAAAUCCUCUUUCUGCCAUCUUCCAAUGUGCCGAUAUGAUAUCAAAUUCGUACAAAGAUUUAUCGCAUACAAAUACUCUUGAAAUCUUGAAAAGCAAUGUCGAGGCCGCCCAUACGAUAGCUAUGUGUGCUAGUCAUCAAAAGCGUAUUGUGGAUGAUGUCUUGACACUCUCGAAGCUCAAGUAUAUGAUGUUGUCCAUUUCGCCGCAUUCUGCUAAUCCAGCAAAGAUUCUGGAACAGGUCGUCAGAAUGUUUGAAGCGGAUUUAACGUCCCACGAUAUCUCAAUCAAAACAAUAGCUCAACCAUCCUUCGGCGCCAACAAUAUCGACUUAGUCAUGUUUGACUCUUCACGUGUGAACCAAAUCUUGAUUAACUUACUAACAAACGCGAUUAAGUUUACAAGAGGUGAACCAAAGAGAAAGAUCACAGUUACUUAUGGUGCUACUCUUGUUAAUCCAGAGAAGAAUUUCAGCAAGGAGCUUUACUGGGUACCAUGCGGGGACGAGGUUGAAGAUUUGACGCUCAAUCCAGAGUGGGGCUCCGGUGAACCUGUGUUUUUAACAUGCGCAGUCACAGAUACAGGAGUUGGCAUGCGUGCUGAGGAGAUCCCUCGUCUCUUCACUCGCUUCGAGCAGGCCAAUUCGAAAACCUCUAUAAAAUAUGGUGGAUCUGGUUUGGGAUUGUUCAUUUCUCAGAAGCUUGCCGAAAAGCAAGGAGGUAGGAUUGGUCUAUCUUCCAAGUUAGGCCAGGGGAGUACGUUCGGAUUUUACGUCAAGGUACGACGUAGUGUUAAACCACGAAAAGAUAUCCGUCCAAAAUUAACACCAGUAUCAUUCGAUGGAUCUUACUAUGACGGAUCGAAGCCUAUGCACGUUUUGUUAGUCGAGGACAAUUUGGUCAAUCAGAGGAUAUUAGAGAAGCAAUUAAAAAAAGCUGGCUGCAUAGUUUACGUGGCUAACCAUGGGCUAGAGGCUCUAGAGAUAUUGAGACAAUGUUCCUGCUGGCAUGAGCCGGUAAAAGACGCGAAGAAGUUAGAUAUCAUACUGAUGGAUUGGGAAAUGCCUGUCAUGGAUGGUCUCACUUGCAGUCGGGAGAUCCGAGCAUUGCAACAAUCUGGAAAGAUCGUGAGGCAUCUUGAGAUCAUCGCAAUUACUGCUAAUGCCCGAGAGGAGCAGGUUCAAGUGGCAUUACAUAACGGAAUUAAUUUCGUAAUGUCCAAGCCUUUCAUAGUCUCGAACUUACUAUCCAAGAUGAGAGAGAGGCUUAGCGGGAUCGACAAUGGAACAAGUUUUCAGUGAAUGAAUAUGAUCCUGCCCAUAAUUACAGUAGGAGUGCUUAUGAGGAGGCGAUCGGUAUUAUCCCUUCUUGUUUUCUGAAUGGCUUUGCGCUAUUCUCUAAUCGCCCAAGCCCCUCUGAAUAGACAACGGAAGUCGCGGAUAUCGAGGGAAAUGACUGUGAGCAUAUAUGCCCAGCUGCCCUUUUGAUGAAGAAUACUGUGAAUGAUACCAGUAUGUUUGAGAUAAUUGGAACAACGACGGAUAUGAAAGAACUCAAUGCCAAACCAAGAUUACGUGUAUUAAUGUUCUUGUCAUCACGUGAAACUUAUGGGCAUUUGCUUGGAUGCAAUACCCCAAGAAACGACACCCAAAAUUGUUGGAAACCUGUCAGAAACACAGGUAGUGAUGAAGAGAGCAGCUAGGCUUAGUUGCAAGAACGAAAAGGGCUAUUUAGGUCGGUUCUUUCUUGGUAUUUUUGUAAUCCAUUGGAUAGCAUUAGCAAACAAUAGGAUAAAUUAGAAUUACAUCAAAGUUCGAG